AUGGUGUCUUUGUCUUUGCUGUUGCUUCUGGUGACGGCUCGUGCCUUGGUCCUUCCAGAUGUGGUGGAGGACGUGGCCGAGGCCGUGGACUUCCGGAUGCCGGUGGCCAACGCCUCUGCCUCGCUGCAGGGCCGGGCCGUGGCGCUCGACUUCGCCGUCGGAGGCCACGUGGCUCUGAAGGCUCGGCCCCCGACGGCGCUCGCGGAGAACCCAGCGUGGCUCCCCGACAAGGAGCAGAUCCAGGAGCUGUCUCCAGAGCAAGCAAGGCAACGGCUGGGCUUCUUCGUCUCAGCGCACAUCCUCGCCUGGAUGCUGCUUUGCCUCAUCGGCACUGCGAUCAUGACGCGCUGCUGCGGCAGAUGCACAGACCCGUCAGGGUACGAAAGGAUGGCUUUGGGCGGGCCUCAGCCGCUGGAAAGGUCAGGGUACCAAAGGGGCGCCUCGACUGAUUCGGAUGACUCGGACGAGCCUCUGCUGCCUCGGCCGCUGAACAGUGGAGAUGUGUGGCUUGCAUUCCUUGGCACCUACCUCAUUUCGCUCGUGGCGGUCUUUGCGAGCCUUUUCUCCAACAGGCUGUCGAAAGCGACGGGACUGGACUUCGAGGUCUACCUGGUCUUUUUUCUCCUGCAGGGCACGAGGUUGCUCUGGCAGGCUGUAGCGGCCACCAGGAGCUUGAGCCCCGGGAGCCGCUUCCCGAUGGACACCUUUGCCUUGGGCACCGUGGCGGCCACCAUGCCCUUCCUGGCAGACACCUUCGACACAUUGAAGGAUGUGGUCUUCGCUGGGCUAUGCAUGCUGUCGGAAAGCUGGGCGUUGCGUCUGACCGGAUUUGCCAGCCUCGCUUGGCUGCCGUGGGUACACUACAGGCUGCUUGAUGACACUGACUGCGCCGCAGACCUGUCGGGCAGCUACUUCCCCUUUGCCAGCGCGCAGCCAGUGGACGAUGAAGCUGAGGCUGCACAGGGUGAAGGGUGCUGCUGGCCGAAGGUAGAAAAAUGCCUGCACGAGCUCUACAAGCAAACAACGCCGGGCAAGAUCAGGCUUCUGCUUUGGGAAGCCGGGCCUCAGGGUGUCUUUGCCCUGCUCUAUGUCUUUAUCGAAGGUGGAUCGAAGUUUGUCCCCUUGAUGCAGCUGGCAGUGCCACUCCUCCAAACAGCCUUGGGCUGGUUAGGCAACGAGCAGCUUGGCCGGUGGACCAUGCGCUCCACAGGGAAGCGCCUGGCCGGUGCCUUCGCAUCCGGCAACGUCCCACUGCAAACAUCUCUGCUGCAAACCGUCUUGGACGCAGAGGAAGAGCUGCGAGAAGCAGCCCUGGCCAAAGCGCGCAGGGGCAUCAACCCCGAGCUCCUGACUGCAACGACUUUGUCCCAAAGGGAUCUGAAGGGCCUCAGUCCCCUGGCUGUCGGAGAAGUGGUUCGCCUCAGCAAGACUCUCCUCACCAUCGAGAGGUCUGGUUUCAAUGAGUUCCUUGGUGUCGAGGGCGCCAAGGCCCUGGCUGCGGCCCUCGAGAAGAACGCGACCGUCGCUCACCUCGGCCUUGCUGUGAACUCCAUUGGUGAUGAGGGCGCCAAGGCCCUGGCUGCGGCCCUCGAGAAGAACGCGACCGUCGCUCACCUCGGCCUUGAGUUGAACUCCAUUGGUGUCGAGGGCGCCAAGAAGAAUUCGACCGUCACUCACCUCGACCUCCGGAACAACAACAUUGGUGUCGAGGGCGCCAAGGCCCUGGCUGCGGCCCUUGAGAAGAACGUGACCGUCACUCACCUCUACCUCUCGAUAAACGAGAUUGGUGUCGAGGGUGCCGAGGCCCUGGCUGCGGCCCUUGAGAAGAACGCGACCGUCACUGACAUCUACCUCAGCGGCAACGACAUUGGCGUCGAGGGCACCAAGGCCCGGAGCCUGGUGAUGCAAUCGCCUGUUACAUAG